AUGCUGAAAACUCUGGAAAAUAUGCCAAAAAUGUGGAAUUCACCAAUUUCAGUCGGAAUAUUUAUAGAUGAAAAAACUCAAAAAUCUCUAGAAUAUUUAAGAAAUUUACACAAGUGUGAUAAUGAAUUCCAAAGAAAAAUGACCAUCCACGUUGCCUUCCGGAAAUCCGCAUUUCAAAAAAGUUGUCCUUCAUUGCUCAGAUCCAAAAAUUCUAAAAUUUCGUGCUUUGAAUUUCUGAGCCAUCAAAAAUCCUAUCGAGAUGAAAUUCCAAGUUUCUUUGGGCUUUAUCCGUUUGGAUUAAUGAGAAAUAUUGCAAGAAAAGGAGCAAAAUCUGAUAUACAUUUCGUAAUGGAUUCUGAUAUGAUUGUUAGUGAAGGAAUGGAUCAAAAAAUUAAGAAAAUCGCCAAUAAAAUGUUGGAUGGGAAAUCGAAGAAUGUGAUUUUAGUUAGAAGAUUUGAAAAUGCAAUGGGUACCGUAAUCCCAAGAAACGUUAAGGAUUUAGAGGAGUCUAUGAGAAAUAAUAUAACAUUCGAAUUCCAUCAUAAAUAUUUUUUCAAAGGACACAAAAUUCCAAAUCUCACAUUUUGGCGCACUCAAUCUCAAGAUAAUUUACCAGUGACCACAUGGAAUGAACCGUACUCUAAUCCUGACUGGGAACCUCAACCGAUUCUCCAUCGAAGCUCUCCAUUGGGUGCCGACUACGUUCCAUCGCGUGUGAAAACCAUGUGCUCCUUAAUUUACAAAUUAUGCAGAGCUGGAUAUAAUUUUCAUGUCAUUUCUCAUGUUUUUAAUGUCCAGGAAGGCAUAAAACUGGAUAAUACGGUUUAUGGAAAUGCAAUUGCUCACCAUCAAUACACUUAUGCUAGGGACAAGGUUCAAGAACGAUUCACAAAUGAAAUGGACUGGAAAUAUCCUGGAACAAGAGAAAAGUGUGGAAAUUUUGUUUUUUGA